AUUCAAUACAACCCUAAAUUGAAGAACGGGGGCUUCUACUUUCGCCGGUCGGACAACGACGACAUUUUUUCCGGCGAAACUUGUUCCGGCAUCUACUCCAAAUUCUCAUUAUCAGGAUAGAAGAAUCAAAAUAAAUGUCGAUAAAAGGUAGGAAAUUUGCUGGAAAGGGGGAGGCAGUGGCAUCACAUUAUGCAUUUGGCCCACUUGAAGACGAUAUAAUUAUUAAGCAUAGACUUCUGACUCGGACAACCACCACCAGAGGUGAACCACCACUGAAGAAACUUCAGAAGAAGUUCACUACUUUUGCUUUGGAGAUAGAGAAGGAAGCUGAUAACUACAAUGAUUGUGAAAGACUUGCCAAAGCAUUCUUGCAAGAGCUAAAUACUUUUGAGAUUCCGCUCCUAAAGAGCAAAGUAGUCAUAGAUGCGAAUGUUAGAGAAAAGGAGAAUUUUAAUGACCUGAAGGGUGAAAUCAACAAGCAAAUUGUACAGGCUCAGGCUGACAUAGAAGAUCUCAAGAGGCAACUCGAAGAAAGCAAGGUUGAAAGGAAGCACAAAGAAGAGGGCGAGGCUAUCAGGAAAUUGAUUGCUAUGCAGCCUCCAAGAUCAGAAACUCAGAAGGUUAUAACAGAGCUUGAGAAAGAGAUAGCUAUGUUGGAAGCAGAGAAUACUGCUAGUUCGAGGACAUUGGACCUUCGUAAAAAGCAGUUUGCCCUUUUAUUGCAUGUGGUUGAUGAGUUGCAGAACACAAUAGAGGAAGAGCAAAGGAGUUUGGUCGAAGAGAUGAGGAAUGUAGUUGAUGAUCAUAACAAGAGUGGAUCGGAGGAUGCUACCAUGGGUCCUGAAGCAAUGGCUGUUGAUUACCAAGUGAAUCCUUAGUUCUUGUAUACUGGGUUACUCUUACGUUCAUGUUUCAUACUGGCUGGUCACUUAUUGCAGAAUUCUGUUUAACUGUACCAAUAGAUAAGUCUGCUUUUUAAAAGUGAGACAACGAUUGGGGGUCUGGCUGUAUAUAUGAUGUUUCUGCAAGCUGUAAGAAAGCUUUGAAUGCUGCUCGUUUUUAAGGUGUAUUAUCGGUAUUC